CUGGACAGUUAGUUUUUCAUGAACAUCCAGCGCACACCCUGUUCGAUCGUGUCCAGCCGAAGAAUUCUGCUCCCAUGUUUUGAGCCCGCUUCAGUGGGAAGACGGUACAAAUAUGUCCACCGGGUCUCUCAGCGAUGUCGACGACGAGCUCCUGGACGGCAUCCUGAAGUUUGGUUCCUCCGGUAAAGAUUCCAACGAGAGCACGGAGGAGAGCUCAAACGGCGAGGGUUCAUGCGCAAACGAGGAACGGAGAGAAACGCCCGGCAAAAAACGGAAGACAACGUCCAGGAAAACGGCGCCCAAGGGUGUGGCACAACAGGAGGGCAAGCAGGUGCAGAGGAACGCGGCCAACGCCCGGGAAAGAGCCAGGAUGAGAGUCCUCUCCAAAGCCUUCUCCCGGCUUAAGACCUCCUUACCCUGGGUACCACCGGAUACCAAGCUCUCCAAACUGGACACACUGCGCCUGGCGUCUAGCUACAUAGCGCACCUCCGACAGAUACUGGCCAACGACAAAUACGAAAAUGGAUAUAUCCACCCUGUUAACCUGACGUGGCCUUUCAUGGUUGCAGGUAAACCGGAGAACGAUUUGAAGGAGAUGCUGAACUCAACGAGGUUGUGCGGAACUACGGCGUCUUGAUGCAGCCCAGUGGCAGCAGCUCUUUGCCUUUUUAAAGGAACAAUGAAAAAAAAAUCCUAUAGUGACUGAAAUGCAAGUCUCAUCUCUGCAGACUUUGAGUGGGAAUAACGGGAGGGUAUCCCACUCUCCUUCGUUCCCGUAAAGAAAAAAAAAUCGUUUAUUUAAAUACAUUGUGAUCUUUUAUCUUUGCUGGUUCAAAGAUAAACUUUGUACUUUAAAUUGCUUUUUUUGUUUUCUUUUUUCUUUUUCUUUCUUUUCUUUCUUUCUUUUUUCAAAAAAUAAUAAUCUGCAGAUGCGUUUUUACUGAUGCAGGCCUGUGUUUUGCGAUUGUCUUAUGAUGGAUGGAUGAUUUGAUGGAUGGCUGGAUAAGGCACAUGAAAACUGCUCAAAUUGUUGUACAGAUUACAUGAAGUAUAUGAAAUAUAUUUGUACCACUUUUACA